GCUGCUUUUUGUGGUUAUGUUAUGGUCCACUGAAACUCAACGGAUAAAAUCGAUAUCUCAGUUUUUAUUAAUGAUAAAACUAUUGUUUCACUCUAAAACUACAGUCAAACUUAUUUAUUUAUCCUGAAUAAAGUUCUCUUACAAGUUUUUCUACGAUUUUCAACUGAAUUUUACGAAAGUUGGUGACAUAAUUUGGACCUUGUGUGAUGUCAAUGUCAUUGCUGUGCGCAGACGCUCUCAUUCCCAGUCGAUUUCUCACUCUUAUUGCGCAUCUUACUAUCACUAUCGUCAUUCUAACAGCAAGGGAAGAAGUAGUCACGGCUUCACUCCCUUAUGACUAUGAAGAGGAUGAAAAUUAUCAGAGUAUGAAAAAUUUCGAAAUUCUGAUCGUACUAUCUUUGGCAAUAGGAUUGCUGGCUAUUGAAUUAACCGGAUUUAUUUUUGGGUUAUCAAUGUUCAUGCCAGCUGCCUCUGUUCUAUCCAUAGGAUGUCACGCAUCAGCUGCCAUAGCUCUGUCCUAUGCUCUCUUCGACAGCUGGGAUAGCUCUAUCUACUGGACAGUAUUCGCUCUCUUUUCAGUGCCUCCUGGAUUGGUUGAAGUUAUAAAUGCAGUCAACAUAUUGGUGCUAAAACGUGUCUAAACCAGUCGCCAUUUUGUGUCCAAUUUGAAAUGAAUUUGUUCAUUAACUAACAAAGUAUUAUUAUCUAUAAAUAUUAUGUGAUCGAUCAUCUCUUCAACAAAUUCAACUAACUGUUAAUUUUGUGUCUCUAAUUUGAAAGGACUUAUGCGUCUAAACCAGUCGCCAUUUUGUGUCCAAUUUGAAUGGACUUCAUUAACUAACAAUGUAUUUCUAUCUUUAGAUAUCCAUAAAUUCAUAUAUGAUAUUAUGUUAUCAUCUUAUCAACAAACUUCAUUUUGUGUCUCCAAUUUGAAAGGACUUUGUAGAACGUGUUUAUUACAGUCGCCAUUUUGUGUCUAAUUUGAAAGGAAUUUGUUUGUUAACUAACAAUGUAUUUCUAUCAAUAAAAAUUAUGUGAUCAUUUCAUGAACAAACAGUUAAUUUUUCAAUAAAUAUUAUGUAAUCGAACAGGAAGGAAUUGACUUUUAAUUUUACGGGAUAAGAAGUGAUAUUUAAGGAGUAAUUUGUGUGUAACUGAAUCAAUAAAUGAAUUAAAAUAAACCACGAUAGACGAAUUAUCACUUAAUUAACUGAUUAACUUGCUUAUUAAAUAAAAAUACUAAGAAAUUGUCAAAACCACAGAUUCAUUA